GUGUCAUCCCCAACCUCCCUCUCCCUCUCCCUCUCAUUUCUUCUCGUCCUCUUCUCUUCUCACCUUUUUCAUAAUUCAUUCAUCUCUCUGAAUUUUCUUUUCCUUACAAAUCUCAAAAACCAAAAAAGUUGGAGAGAGAAAGCCAACCCGCGGCAAUAAUUCACUUUUCUUUUCACGUAUCUUCCUUUUCUAUCCCUCUUUAUUGCCAGCUCUGCUUACUCCUUCUUCCCCUCCAAACCCAUCAUCACUGACACACACACACACACACCAACAUACAGAUAGAUCUAUCAGCUUCCAGAUUGCAGACUACUGAGCUUUCUGUAUCUAUUAUUAACUCCUGGACAAAAAUCUGAUAAAGAAAUAUUUUCAAAAAUGUCUAGCUCGACGAAAGUUUUGGAUCCUGCAUUUCAGGGAGUUGGACAGAGAAUAGGCACUGAAACAUGGCGAAUUGAGAAUUUUCAGCCAGUUCCAGUGCCCAAGUCCGAACAUGGGAAAUUCUAUAUGGGAGAUUCUUACAUCAUCUUGCAGACAUCACCUGGCAAGGGAGGCGCUUAUCUAUAUGAUAUUCACUUUUGGAUUGGAAAAGAUACCACUCAGGAUGAAGCUGGAACAGCAGCUAUUAAGACGGUUGAGCUUGAUGCAGUUCUUGGAGGGCGUGCAGUACAACACAGGGAACUUCAAGGUCAUGAAUCUGACAAAUUUUUAUCAUACUUCAAACCAUGCAUAAUUCCAUUGGAGGGUGGUGUUGCAUCCGGAUUCAAACAACCAGAAGAAGAAGAAUUUGAGAAACGGUUGUAUGUCUGCAGAGGCAAACGUGUUGUCAGAUUGAAGCAGGUUCCUUUUGCUCGAUCUUCAUUAAAUCAUGAUGAUGUAUUUAUCCUCGAUACACAAGAUAAAAUCUAUCAGUUCAAUGGUGCAAAUUCUAAUAUUCAAGAGAGGGCCAAAGCCUUGGAAGUAAUUCAAUUUUUGAAGGAGAAAUAUCAUGAUGGGACAUGUAAUGUUGCAAUUGUCGAUGAUGGGAAGUUGGAUACUGAGUCAGAUUCUGGUGAAUUCUGGGUCCUUUUUGGUGGCUUUGCUCCAAUUGGGAAGAAAGUUGCCAGUGAAGAUGAUGUUAUUCCUGAGACUACUCCUGCUAAACUUUACAGCAUUAAUGAUGGUCAGCUGGAGCAUCUUGAAGGUGAAUUAUCCAAAGGCAUGCUGGAAAAUAACAAAUGCUAUCUUCUUGACUGUGGUGCUGAGGUAUUUGUUUGGGUUGGUCGGGUAACACAAGUUGAGGAGAGAAAAGCUGCCAGUCAAGUCGCUGAGGAAUUUAUUGCUAGUGAAAAUAGGCCAAAGGCAACACGCAUAACUCGUCUCAUCCAAGGUUAUGAAACGCAUUCAUUCAAGUCCCAUUUUGGCUCUUGGCCUUUGGGCUCUGCAACUCCCGGUGCUGAGGAAGGAAGAGGAAAAGUAGCUGCUUUGCUUAAGCAACAAGGUGUUGGUGUCAAGGGCAUGACAAAAAGUUCUCCAGUAAAUGAGGAAGUCCCACCUCUGCUUGAAGGAGGUGGAAAGCUGGAGGUAUGGUGCAUCAAUGGCAGUGCCAAGACUCCUUUGCCAAAAGAAGAAAUUGGUAAAUUCUAUAGUGGGGACUGCUAUAUUGUUCUUUAUACCUAUCACCAUGGUGAUCGGAAGGAAGAUUACUUCUUAUGCUGUUGGUUUGGAAAAGAUAGCAUUGAGGAGGACCAAAAGAUGGCAAUUCGAUUGGCGAAUACAAUGUCAAACUCACUAAAGGGAAGACCUGUUCAGGGUCACAUAUUCCAGGAUAAAGAGCCACCACAAUUUGUUGCACUUUUUCAGUCUAUGGUCAUCCUCAAGGGGGGUCUUAGCUCCGGUUACAAAAACAGCAUAGCAGAGAAGGGUGUCCAGGAUGAAACAUAUACAUCAGAAAGUGUUGCACUGAUUCGGAUAUCUGGGACUGCUGUUCAUAACAAUAAAGCAUUGCAAGUUGAUGCGGUGGCAACAUUGUUGAACUCUACCGAGUGUUUUCUUCUGCAAUCUGGCACUUCAAUCUUCAUUUGGCAUGGAAAUCAAAGUGCUUAUGAGCAGCAGCAAUUAGCUACAAAGGUUGCUGAAUUCUUGAAGCCUGGAGUUACUUUGAAACAUGCCAAAGAAGGAACAGAGAGCUCGUCAUUUUGGUUUGCACUUGGAGGAAAACAAAGUUAUACCAGCAAGAAAGUUUCUCAGGAGGUUGUCAGAGAUCCUCAUUUGUUCUCAUUCUCAUUUAGUAAAGGAAAGUUCCAGGUUGAGGAGAUCUACAAUUUUUCUCAAGAUGAUCUUUUGACUGAGGACAUGUUGAUUCUUGACACUCAUGCUGAAGUGUUUGCUUGGGUUGGUCAGUCCGUAGAGCCAAAGGAAAAGCAAAAUGCUUUUGAAAUUGGCCGGAAAUACAUAGAGAUGGCUGCUUCACUGGAGGGCUUAUCCCCAAAAGUUCCACUAUAUAAAAUCACUGAAGGAAAUGAGCCAUGCUUCUUCACAACAUACUUUUUAUGGGAGCCCGCAAAAGCUACUGUUCAAGGCAACUCCUUUCAGAAGAAGGUGGCAUUAUUAUUUGGAGCAAGCCAUGCAGUGGAGGAUAAAUCCAAUGGGAAUCAAGGAGGACCAACUCAAAGAGCUUCAGCCUUAGCAGCUUUAUCUUCUGCAUUUAACCCAUCUUCUGGGAAAUCACCCCAAUCGAAUCAGGAUAGGUCCAAUGGGAACCAAGGGGGACCAACACAAAGGGCCUCAGCUUUAGCUGCUCUGUCAUCUGCAUUUAACUCAUCGCCUGCAUCCAAAACACCUCCUAGAAAGUCCCCUGGCCUUGCUCAAGGAUCACAAAGAGCAGCAGCGGUAGCUGCUCUUUCCCAAGUUCUCACUGCUGAAAAGAAGAAGCAAUCAACUGAUACCUCUCCUACCCAAUCCAGUAGCAGUACUCCUGUAGAAAACAGCCCUCUUGCUGAAAUGAAGGAUGAAACUAAUCUGUCUGACCCAGAGGGUUCUCAUGAAGCUUCAGAAGUCAAGGAAGCAGAGGAAGUUGCAUCAGUAACGGAGAGUAACGGGGAUGAUUCAGAAGUGAAGCAAGAGGAGGAGCAGGAUGAGAACGAUAGUGGAACUACUCAAAGCACAUUCAGUUAUGAUCAACUGAAGGCCAAAUCGGAGAAUCCAGUGACUGGAAUUGAUUUUAAGCGGAGAGAGGCAUAUCUGUUGGAUGAGGAGUUCCAGACUGUAUUUGGUAUGACUAAAGAAGCAUUCUAUACAUUACCGAAAUGGAAGCAAGACAUGCAGAAGAGGAAAGUUGAUUUAUUCUAGAUACAAAGAUUCCCGGAAGAAAUGAUUAAUGAUCCAGCUAUUUUGCAUAUCCUAACCUGCUGCAAUCCAUGAUGUUAUAUUGGAUCUUUCCUAUCCUCAUCUGAAAAGUUGUGAUUUUAUUCAGAUGGUACCUGGAUUGCCAUGUUUAGCAUAUCCCAUAUUACCCCUUUUUUAUUUUUAUCAAAAGAAAAUUGAACGUAGUAGCUAUUGUUAGUGUUGGAGUUGAUUGUGAUGGUGCCUGAGAAGUGAGUUUCUUCUUCCUUUUAAUUCCUUUUAGUGGUGCUUUAUAAAAAAUUUCCUUUAGGGGUGCUCUCUCCUGCUGCUGCUGCUGCGUCUUGUAAUGGUCACAGACUGUAGUUUUGAAGACAGCUGCAGAUCCGAAUUCUUUUAUUUGGUAAGCAUGUAUCUUCUUCAUAUUGAUUUUCCUUUUCCUUCUUUUUUUUUCCCCCUCUCUUUUCCUUUUUUCCCCCCUGGGCAUAAUUUGUUAUUUCAUUUUAAGAGAAAGGUGGGUGUAUAUGUAUUGCCUUUGUACUCAACUCCAUUAUAAGGAAUGAAAUUUGUUGUACUCGUUUGCCA